AUGACUACAUACUAUGAAAAGCAAUAUAUAGAUAAGGAGAGGAAGAAGGAGGGGAAUAUAUUUAUAGAAGAUAAGAAUAAAAGUGAGGAAAAUUAUGUAUUUAUUGAUGAAAAAUAUAAAGAAUAUUUUGAUAAUAUAAGUGAUAUGUUUGAAGAAAAGGUUGAUUAUAUUUUAAAAAAACAUUUUAAAAAAAAUGAUCCAACAAAUAAAAAUAAAUUAUUAUGUUUAAAUGCUUGUGUUUUAUGGAGAAAGAAAUUUUUACAAUUACUUGGCAAGUCGCUAAUUGAAUAUGAUGAAUAUUGUAAAACAAAUGAAAAAAAAAAAGAUGAAUCAUCUCAAGACAUAAAUAAAGAAAACGAAAAAAAAUGUAAAGAUGAAAAUGAAACUAGUAAAAAGUUUGAGAAGGAUGGAGAGAAAGAAACAAAAGAGGUAGAUAAUGUAGAAAAAGCAAAUGUUGAAAAAGCAAAUGUUGAAAAAGGAAAUGCUGAAAAAACAAAUGUUGAAAAAACAAAUGUUGAAAAGCAAAAUGAAAAAAAUAAUAGUGAAAAAGAUCUUAAAAGUUUUAUAAAAAAUGUAAAAAUUAUUGAUAAUAAAAAUAUAGAAGUUAUAUAUGAUUUAAAUGAAGCUAAUGAAGAUAAUAGACCAUGUGCAGAAUUAUCAACAGAUGAAAUAUAUUAUUUACUUGUUGAGUCUAAAAAAAGUGAAAAUGAAUAUAAAAAAAAGAUAUUUACAUUUUUAAAAUAUUUACCAUUAUUUAUUAAAUCUAUUGAAAAUAAAAGUAUUAUGGAAAAAAAUAUAUUGGAAGAAAAACUUUUAAAUAAUUCAUAUGAUCAAAAUGAAAUUCCAAAUGAAGGAGAGACAUCUAAUAUUAAUGAGAAUAUUUCAAUUUUAGAAAUAAAAAAUAAACUAGAUGCAAUAAUUAGUUUUAAUUGUAACUUGUCUGAUAAUUUAGAAACUGUAUUUAAUAAUGGAAUAGACCUAAUAAAUAAUGAUCAAAAUAAUAGUAAAUCUGAAAACUUUUUUCAAUAUAAUUAUGAUACAUUAAAUGAAAUAAAUAAUGAAAAUGAUGAAAAUGACAAAAAUUAUAUGAACGUUCAUAAAAAUAAUGAUAAUAUAUAUGGAUCUAAUAUAAAUGAUAAUAAUUGUAGUGUUAUAGGUCAAAAAGGUAAAACUAGUGACAACAGUACAGAUUUAAAAAGUUUUGAAAAUAUUUCCAACAAAUUUUUUAAUCAGAAAAGAGAUAAAUCCUUUGUUUUACCUUUAUCAAGAGUUAAUGAUUUAUCAAUGAUAAAUAACAUGAAUUUAAAAUCAAAUAUUGGAUUGAAUGAUGAUAGUAAUAAAAAUGAUUCACCUUUUUAUAUCUAUAAAAAUGAUAUGAAUAAAAUUAAUGUAUAUGGUUUAGAUAUGCUUAUUAAUUUGAAUAACGAGCUAACAUACAAAAUUAAUCAUAUAUACAGUUUAAUACAGUUUUACACAAUUUUAUCUAAAGACAUAUUUAAUGAUACAUAA